CUCAGUCAGUUCGGCGGGGAAGGAGGCGGAGGCGGCCGCGCUCGCUCGGGUUCCCCUCAGGAGGCGGCCCAGAGCCCUUUCCCGCCUCACUUCUCCCCAUCGGUAGCUCCGGGGGUAAGAGGGGACUCCCAGGCGCUCGGCGGGUUGUAACUCUGGAGGUUUGGCCCUGGAGAGCUCUUUCCCUGCGCUCUCUGAACUCCUUCAGUCUCCGGUUCUGUCAGAGUUUAGCAGCCUGGAGCUGGGCUCCGAAGCUCAGUGUGUGCGGAGCUGCUUGGGGUGUCUUCUCCUUCCUAAAAACACCUGAGAAAAGUUUUCCCGUAAAAUUGUGAACGCGGCAGUGGUGAGGCCGGGUCAUCCUCAGUUCGGCUGUGCUGUCUGAAGUCUCUGGAAUUAUCGUUGUCUGAGGAGCCGGGAAAGGCGAAUCCUCCUCUUCCAGUCUGCGUUUUUAAGUGGGUGGGAAAAGGAGUGAAUCUGGUGGCAAUGGUAGAACCUUUAGAGAGCAAAUUGUUUCAUCUUCCUGAUUAUGAGAAUAUAGAAGAUGAAAAGUUCCCACCUCUUCCACCUCCUGCAUCUCCAGGAAGAGAUGAUGUUGAAUGGGCUCAAGCUAAUGGAGAGCCAGAUGGAAACCAGCAGUCCCAAACAAAGGAUCCUGCUGUAGCUCCACGGAGAGCAGUUAAAAGACCCAUGCCUAAACUAGAUGCACAGAGGCUAAUUUCUGAAAGAGGGCUUCCAGCCCUAAGGCACAUGUUUGACAAUGUAAAGUUCAAGGGUAAAGGGCAUGAGGCAGAGGACCUGAAGACACUCAUCCGACAUAUGGAGCACUGGGCUCACAGGUUAUUUCCAAAAUUGCAAUUUGAGGAUUUUAUUGACAAAGUGGAGUCUUUAGGAAACAAAAAGGAAGUUCAGACUUGCCUAAAGAGGAUUAGGCUUGAUCUUCCUAUCUUACAUGAAGACUUUGCAAGUAAUGAAGAUGGUGGAGGGGAAAGCAAAGGACUGGAUACAGGCACUGAGGAUGUACAUCCCAGCUCUGGAAAUGCAGAACUCUGUUCUCUGCCUGGUACCACUCUGACAGAAGAGCAACAGCAGCGAAUCCAGAGGAACAGGCAGCUGGCCUUGGAGCGCAGGCAAGCAAAGAUGCAGUGUAGCAGCCAGGCACAACAGGAUGAGCUCUCCACUCAUUACUCAGAAGAGGAGUUUUGUACACCAGCUGUUCAAGAUCCCACUGACCUGACUGAAGACACUCAAGUUACUGCAACCAAGGUUGCUGUUACAGAAGCUGCAGAUGGAGAUACUGAAGCUCAAGAAGGGGAACAUGCCAGUGAACAGCUGUAACCAUUCCUGAUACUUUGAAUGUCUUUCUUGACUGAAAGACCCCAACAUUUUAAGUGCUAUCAUUACACUGAAACAUUGGUGGCUCUUAGUUCUUUGCCUUCAGAGGCUUCAUGGAAGUCUCCACAAUGACAUUUGUGUCCUUGGACAGAACUCUGCUUUUGAAACCAGGAUGAGAAGCUCUGUAUGCAGAGUUUUGAAAACAGAAACAAAGUUCUCAGUUUGCUCAAUCUUUACCUCCAGGUGUGACAUUCUUUAGGAAAUGUUAAAAAGGCUUUUGAAGUACUUUGAAUUUUGUAUACAACUGACCUCAAACUUAUUUAACUGGGAUAUUGACAGUGAAGUUUAUAUUAAAGCUUUUUUCUUAAUAGAGGGUAUGUAUGACAGAGGGUAGUGCUAGGUCUGAAUGGGUGCAUUGAAUUUUUUUAACUUGCUUAUAAAAUGGAAGCUAUUAAAUUACAGAAGUCAAGCCUGAAAUUCUUGUAUGAAGUUGUUAGACUUUGGCCCUCCAAACUUACAGAUCCCUUGUACUUGUCAGACAUCUCUUCACAGACAAGUACAGCCUUUGGCUGAUUCUUUUCCCUGUCUUGAGGCUCUAAUUCAUCCUAUUAUUAGUCUUUUUUUCCCUCUUGUACUACAGCUCUUCCCUUUGUGGAAUGAGCAAGAGCCCCUCUUCUCACAAGAACAGCAAAGCCCUGAGCCUGCUCUCUCCUAUAGCAGAAGGCAGACUGUUGUUCAUAAGAGAAAUUGAGCUAAGAGGAGAUGAAAUAAGUUCAUGUCAGUGGCUGUUACUCCAGAUGUGCAGCUGGAGAAUUGCAAUAAAUCUGUAUUCUAGGUGAGUGUGAAGGAGUUGGCUUUUAGUAUCCUUGUAGCUGUGAGUUCAACACACUAAACUAAAGUGGAAGGUAACCAUCAGCUGUAGA